AUGGGAAAUGGAACAUAUUUUUUCUUCAUGUUGUUUGAAAAUCUUGGGAGCAUAAAAUAUGUUUUUUUCAGUUUAGGGUUUAUUUUUUACUGUGUUGUCAUAUACUUUAAUGUUCUUACUAUUCUUGCUGUAUUUCUGGAAAGGACAUUGCACCAACCCAUGUACAUUUUGAUUUCAUGUUUAUCCAUCAACUCUGUAUAUGGUACAGCUGGCUUUUUCCCAAGGUUACUGACAGACCUGCUGUAUGAUACACACAGAAUCUCCUUUGAAGCUUGCAUCAUACAGAGUGUUGUGAUUUACUCAUAUGCAGCUUGUGAGCUUACAAUCUUAAUGUUAAUGGCAUUUGAUAGGCUUGUUGCAAUUAGUAAACCUUUGCAUUACAACAACAUAAUUACCACACGCUUUCUAACUCUUUUAAUAGUUAUAGCAUGGCUUUAUCCAAUUAUCUGUGUUGGUUCUGGUGGUCUUUUGACAUCCAGGCUGAAAAUGUGUGGUAGCAAAUUGUUUAAGGUAUACUGCCACAACUAUACUCUUUUAUUGUCAAACCUAUCUUAA